AUGCUCGUUCAGCAGUUGAUCGUCGGUCUGCGCGAUGAAAAAGCUCGGGAAAAUCUUCUAUCAGAGAAGAAGGAUUUGUCAUGGGAGAAAGCCUGUGAUAUCGCCAGUCAUCGGGAGCGCCUGCGACAAAAUCUUCAGCAGCUGAAUCAGUCAAAUGAUGGAAUGAUAGCAUCCUUGGAAUUUGAAAUGGCUGUCUCCCUAGUCAACACUGAUGUACCUUCACCUAAACAGCGACCCUCAGCUCCCUCAAAACAAUUACCAUCCUGCUACCGUUGUGGUCAGCACAUUAUCCGGUGGUUAGACUGUAGACACCAGAAGACGGUAUGCCAUGGCACUGGACGGUUAGUUACCCCUUCAUAAUCAGACCUCAUGCAACUAUUAUUUACAUUACCCAAAUUAACUUGAGUGCACUUUUUUAGACACUGCCGACGAUGACGAAGAUAUUCCUCGUCCGGGACCGUCUGGCUCUUCUUCAAAGCCUUAGAACGGCCUGCUAUGACCAAAUUAACUAAGAAAUUAAUACUUUUUUACAUAAUAUCUAAUUUGUACCAGAUUUCUAACACUUUUAACUAGAUACCUACUUUGUGCAUAUUAUUUUUUUACAAAAAAAUUUAAUAACCAACAACCACAUUACUCGUCUUCAUGCCCACUACUUACGGGAUAGUAUAUUAGCAUUAUGGGCUUGAAAAUAGGGGAAACAGCUUAGUAGUGGGACUAUUGAGAAAUAAAGGGGGGUCUGCUCGGUUACGACGCGAGAUUAGAAUUUUCUGCGCAGAUUCUGUGCCGAGCCUAUGUGCCGAUUCUGUGCCGAGCCUCUGCGCCGAUUCUGAGGAGAUUUGAGUGACAAAAUAGGCGCAGAUUCUGCGUAGAUUAUUCUUAACCUCGGCUUAGAUUCUGCGCAGAUUCUGAGCAGAAAUGUUAUCAGGGCAGUUUUGCAGGAAAAUCGGCCACAUCGAACGAGUGUGUUUCUCCAAAAGACGAGCGAACACUAACACGCAUGCGACUUACCCUAAUCCAGCUGCGAAUGGCGAGGCGAUACUCCGAAUGUUUUCGGCCAACGCGCAACUCCAAUUGCCCUACACCAUCACGCUUCAGGUCGAUCACCAUCCCGUGAAGUUUGAAAUCGACACUGGCUCAGCUGUUACUCUCAUCAAUGAGGCCUCUCUUCAGAAAUUACCCUGCCUCCUUCCGGCUAGCUCAACAUUCCGUAGUUAUACUGGACAGAACGUAGAGGUUCGAGGGGUCUUCACAGCCGAAGUCGAGCAUGAUGGAGAACUUCAUUACUUGCCGGUUCAUAUGGUGAGAGGAAGCCAGCAAUCAAAUCUCCUUGGACAGAAUUGGAUUAAAUGUGUGCCUUCUGCACUAUCCUAUGUACAUCGGAUUGGUGUAAAUCCGGCUCUAGAUUCAGUUUUGAUAAAUCAUAAGUAUCUAUUUUGUGACGAUUCUACUACCCACUACCGCGGUCCACCUGUUAAAUUUCAGUUUCAGUCAGAUUUCCGGCUCCGGUCCUUCAAAGUUCGUUCAGUCCCCUAUGCAGUCGCACCGAAGGUCGAAGAAGAGCUGGAUCGCCUACAGAAAGCGGAUAUUAUUGAGCCCGUGCAAUAUUUGGAAUGGGCAGCCCCAAUAGUUCCUGUGCGUAUCUGUGGCGACUACAAGCUGACAAUCAACUCAGCAACUAAACCGAACCCUUAUCCUCUCCCGCGCAUUGAGGAUCUGUACGCAUCUCUCUCGGGUGGUCAUUAAUUUACAACUUUGGACCUAAAGCAUGCUUACAACCAAGUCGUUCUAGAUACUGAAUCCCGAGACGCCACCACCAUCAAUACGCAUCGGGGUUUAUUUCGAUAUAAAAGACUACCAUUUGGAGUAAGUUCGCCCCCCGGCUUAUUUCAAUGCUUGAUUGAUAACCUCUUGAAUGAUAUGCCUCACGUUUGCGCAUACCUUGACGACAUAUUAGUUACCGGCCCAUCUGAACACAGUCAUCUGGAGACUCUUAACAUCGUGCUAGGACGUUUAGAGGACACAGGUUUUAAACUCAGAAAAGAUAAGUGCAUCUUCCUUGCCGACUAGGUAGAAUACCUGGGCUUCAGGGUGGAUAAAACUGGCCUCCAUCCACUCGAACAUAAGCUCAAAGCCUUGAAGACGGUGUCGCGGCCCAACAAUACUGGUCAAUUGCGUUCAUUCCUGGGGUUGGUCACCCACUUUAGUCGCUUUAUUAAUCAAUCGGCUACAAUUCUAAAGCCUCUUUAUCGACUACUUGAUAAGAAUCGUUGCUGGCACUUUUUAGAGAUCGAACAAAGUGCUUUUGAACAAGCAAAGACGGCUCUUACCUCCUCAUCUGUCCUAGUUCAUUAUGACCCCGAAAAGCCUAUCAUACUAUCACUGCGCCAAGGUUUCAAAGAAAACUAUGGGUAUUCUAGGCGUCAUUAGAAGAUCCUUUGUCAAUUUUGAUGAAGAACUUUUCGGCCGAGUAUUUGGCGCAUACGUUCGACCAAUGUUGGAAUAUUGUGUCCGGGCAUGGUGCCCCUGGACGAAAUAAGUUUACGCCCUACUGGAGUACGUACAACGAAGAGCGACCAAGUUGGUCGGCGGAUUAAGUACCUUACCUUAUAUGAGACGGCUGGAAAAGCUAAAAAUAUUUCCUCUCUCUUAUAGGCAGUACAGAGGGGAUAUGAUCAUGGCCUUCAGGAUCGUUCAAAGGCUUGACUGUGCUCUUCAGUUUGACGAUUUUUUCGAACUGGCACGGAUGACAAAUCUUCGAGGGCACCAAUACAAAUUGAAGACGAAAUAUGCCAACCUCGAGUUGCGGGCCAAAUUCUUCUCCCACCGGCUGGUUGAGGGAUGAAACAAAUUGCCGAACUCCGUUGUCUUAGCGGAAAACGUCGAGAUUUUCAAAAGAAGACUAGAUAAAUUUAUGCUUGAUGGUCAAACAUUUACAUGAUAUCAAUGACUGAUAUUACUGCUAUGUAAAUAUCUGCAUGUUUUUUCAUCUGUCUAUCUGUAAAUAGGGUUUUCCAAGACUCUGCCUCUAUCCCUCAUAUAUACUGAAAAUUAUACUGUAAAUUACUGAAAUGUGAUGCGUCUUUGUACGCCGUAUGUGCGGUUCUCAUGCACUGAAUGCCUUCUGGUGCGGAGAUGCCAAGUGCCUUUGCAUCGAGAACCAUGUCACAGGCGGAAACUAACUAUUCACAACUAGAUAAAGAGGCGUUGGCAAUAAUGUUUGGCCUACAUCGCUUCCACCUGUGUCUUUUGGCCGAUCCUUUCAGAUUCACACUGAUCACAAACACCUAUUAGGUCUGCUGGGAGAAAAACGAGGGAUACAACAGAUGCCCUUGCCGAGAAUGCAACAACGGGCACUCACCCUGUCUGCUUACACGUAUACAAUGAAAUACGUUACAGGUAGUGCAAUCGUAGUGGCUGACGCCUUGAGUAGGCUUCCUAUUGUGGACAAUGGCAUUAACGGGACACCUGUUUUUUAGACCGUAAAUAUUUUCUGAACCUAGUCGACUCACCUGUAACCUGUCAACAAAUUCGACAGUGGACAUCAAGAGACCCUCUCCUAAGUCGGGUAAAAAGAGCCUUACAAUCUGGUUGGCCGGCCUCUAUCUCCCCUGAUUUUCAACCAUUCUUCAGCCGUCAGAACGAGUUAAGUCUACAAGACGGAUGCAUACUAUGGGGUAAUCGUGUAGUUGUGCCACCACAAGGCCGACGGGCCAUCCUCAGAGACCUGCUUAAUGCCCAUCCUGGUACAGUUAGAAUGAAAGCUCUCGCCCGCAGUUAUGUUUGGUGGCCCAAAAUUGACGCAGAUAUAGAAAACAUGGUGAAAGCAUGUCACGUGUGCCAAAUAACACAGAAGACCUUAUCGAAGGUUCCUCUGAAGCCUUGGGCCUGACCCGACUCAGCGUGUAAGAGGGUACACGUCGAUUAUUUUGCGCCAUUCCAAGGCCAUAUGGUUUUGGUGGUGGUUGACGCCCACACUAAAUGGAUUGAUGCGAUUCUGACUGGCAAUUCUUGUUCUUCACUAACUGUAAUCAACAAGCUGCGAACCGUUUUUUUCUACUUUUGAGGUACGUGAAAUGGUCGUUUCAGACAAUGGUUCGGCCUUUACUAGUGCAGAAUUUAAAGAUUUCAUGGAGAAAAAUGGAAUAAGACAUUUAACUACUGCUCCGUACCACGCUGCUUCUAAUGGCCUCGCAGAGCGUGCAGUCCCGACAAUAAAGCACGGACUAGCCAAACAGACGGAAGCGGACUUGGCCACCAAGUUGUCACGCUUUCUGUUAAGCUAUCGCACAACGCCAAACGACUCAACUGGUGCUUCGCCUGCAGAACUGAUGUUCCAGCGGCAGUUGCACACACGACUCGACCUGCUUAAUCCAUCAACGCAUGAUGGAGUCAUUGCAAAACAGACGAAAAUGAAAGCACGAUGUGAUGUGAACACCCGACCACCAGUCGCCAUGCCUAACGAAAUUGUCUAA